GGCUCGGUUCCGAGGCGUCACGACUGAUCGCGCGCACGCCGCUGCCGCAGACGCGCACGCGUUUACGCUCACUAAUUUAAAAUAUAAACCGUGUUCGAUUUUUAAACCGUGAUUCUGAAUUCAAAUUUUGAAUUUAUUCACUUCUUUGAUGUCAUGUUAUGAAAUUAGAAGUGGUUUCUUGUGUGUGUUGACCGUGGAUUGGUUUCGGCACCAUUGGUUGUGGUACGAGUUGCACACGUGAAUGGUUUACUGAUAAGAACGAAGUGAACCGGCGUGAAGAUGACUAUCCGCAGCAUGACCGUGACAGAUACCCGCGACGCCACCACUAAAAUACUCUGCUGUCGGCGGCCGAGUAAAUUCAAGACCAAGGUGAUAAUCGGCUCACUAGCGCUCCUAUUAGUGAUCGCGGCGUUCUGCGGAUUCAUCAUCAGCAACACCAACGUGAAGAAACAGACCUCGGAACCUCCGGACCCGGUGGAGCCGCUCAAACCUUCGGCAUCGUGGCUUCAUGUGUUUAAGAAGGCGGCUGUGUGCACUGAUGCGCCGCCUUGUUCGGAAAUAGGAAGACAAAUCCUCGCCCAAAAUGGCUCAGCGGUGGACGCAGCGAUCGCCGCCAUGUUCUGCAACGGUUUCCUCAACCAGCAGAGCAUGGGCCUCGGCGGCGGGUUCUUCAUGACGGUCUACAUCAGAGAUGAAGAGAAGGCGUAUACAGUAAAUGCGAGAGAAACAGCGCCUCUUGCUGCCACGAGGGACAUGUUUAAAGGAGAUGCUUCCAAAGCCUCUAAAGGCCCUCUAGCCAUAGGCGUACCAGGCGAGCUGCGAGGAAUGUGGGCAGCGCACAAGCGGUGGGGCAAGCUGCCCUGGGCGGACCUCAUUGCUCCCACCAUGAGCUUCUGCAGCUAUGGAUUCCAGAUGUCCAAGGUCAUGUUCGACGGGCUGCUGGCCGCGCCUUAUAUCAAGAGUGACCCGAUAUUGAAAAAAAUGUACGUGGACCCGUCAACCAACAACUUCCACAACCCAGGAACCAUAGUGAAGCCGAGCGAAGCCUUCUGCAAGACUCUUCGUCUUAUCUCGGAGAGGGGAGGUGACGAGCUGUACAACGGCAGCCUGGCUAAAGACUUCUUGGACGAUCUGAAGAGGGUCGGCAGUAUCAUCAGUGCUGAGGAUCUGAGGAACUAUGAGGCAAAAAUAACAGAGACCAUCGACGUCCGAUUAGAAAACGGGGACAGACUCCACGUGCCCCCACCGCCCAGCAGUGGGCUCAUCCUGGCCAACAUCCUGAACGUGCUGUCAGGGUACAGCUUCGGGCCGCACAGCAUCAACACCACCGAGGACAAGAUACUUACAUACCAUAGGAUUAUAGAGGCGUUCAAGUUCGCCUACGCUACAAGGACUAGGUUAGGGGAUGCUGCGUUUUUGCAGUUAGAUGAGUUAAUAAAAAACGUGACGCAGCCCGAAUACGGGAUGGAGAUCCGCAGCAGAAUCAACGACUCAAUGACGAGCAACGAUUCCUCAAUAUACGGUGCCGAGGUGUACCAGCAACCUGAUGCUGGCACAGCGCAUAUCUCUAUUAUAGCUAGCAAUGGAGAUGCUGUGUCUGUCACCAGCUCUAUCAACUACUAUUACGGUUCCGGCUUCGCGACUCUAAACACGGGCAUCGUAAUGAACAACGUGAUGGAUGAUUUCUCCUCCCCCGGCAUCACUAACUACUUCGGUCUAGAGCCGUCUCCGGCCAACUUCAUCGCGCCAGGGAAAAGGCCAUUGUCUUCAAUGAGUCCUAGCAUUAUUUCUGACGCCGUAGGAAAUGCCAAGAUGGUGCUCGGAGCUUCUGGAGGCACUAAGAUUACCACGGCCGUUGCUUUGGUGGCCAUUCGAAAGCUAUGGUUCCAGCAAACAAUAAAAGAGGCGGUGGACGAAGCGCGGAUACAUCACCAGUUGUUGCCCAUGCAAGUAGAAUACGAGUUUGGAAUUACUGAGGGAAUCGUGAACGGCCUGAAAGCGAAAGGCCACGUGAUGACGCGCUACCGCGGCCGCGGCUCGAUCGUGUGCGCCCUCUACAGAAACAAGACAGCAAUAUACGCCAACGCAGACUUUAGGAAAGGGGGCGAUGUUUCUGGCGACUAGACUUUUCAUUCCAAUAACGUACAUAACUGAAUCUCGUGGAUCGACAGGCUAGUUUACAUACAUGCAAUGUUUAAAAUGAAGCAGACGUAAAUCAGACAAAUUCGUCAUCGCACAAUGUAGGCACAGAUUAGGUACAUGGUUACGGGAAGAAAUGCUUGUCAAUUAGGGCUAGUUCAGACACAGCGGAAACCGCGCGGAUCUUAUUUCAAUACUAUAGUACUGGAACGUUCACAAUACAACCGCGCGGUGUAGUGUAGUGUGAACGGUCUAGUAGGUACUAUUAGUACUUAGGUUUGCAUCCGCGCGGUUUCCGCUGUGUCUGACUAGCACUUAAUCUCAAAAACUAAUAGUAGCGAAUAACUAACAAGCUGAUAUCAUUCGGUGAAUGGUAGGUAAUUUAUGGACUCCUUUAGUUCAAGUCAAAGUCGCUUUACGAAAUAUCUGUCUAAAUACGUCUAUUGUUAAUUCAUUUGAACUAUUUUAAGACCCGGCUACUUGUUUCACUGACUUAACCACUACUAUGUGGCUCCGGUUUUGGUCCAUAUGUUUCUAAAUAUUAAAUCAUCAGUUAAUUCAACACCUCACUGUAUCAAUAAGAGUUGUUAAGUGCGCGAAAUAAGUAGUUUUUUACAUGAUUCCUUAUAGUAUUAUACUAGAUAAGUAGCUUCCAUGCUCUGUGAUUACAUGCGAUGAUGCGAAAACUUUUAUGAUGAGAGCACUCAAUGUCGCAUUUAUUAGUGUUUAAGUUUGAAGUGGUACUAUAAAUAAGAAAAAAAUGUUUAUCUAAUACCUACAAAGUUUAUAUCCGUGAACUUAGGUGUGUCUAGAUAUAACGAAUGUAGGCACUUUCGCCAUAGUUCACGUAAAUCACGCUAAGUUUGCCUUUGACUUAUAAAGUUAAUAAAGACGGACCUUAACGGCAUCAAUAAUAGGGCCAGCAGACCGGUGUCACACACGAAAACAUGAUGACCCCUCGUGCAACUCAUCAACUAAUCCUGUUGUGGCACCUAUUCCACUAAAUCAAACCAACGAGGAUGUUUGGUUGGAUUUCUGUGAACUUCAACAUUGUCCCAUCAGGUAUCAUGACUAAAACCGAUGUCCCCCCAACUAUGACAGAGCUCGAAAUGUACAAGUUGAAACUUACUUUAUUUCUUCGGCAGUACCGGCAUGAUAUCUUAUAAAAUAAGCAUUGUGUGAAUUGAGCCGUUGAGUGUACUUAUAUGAGGUAUUGGAGCGAGAUUAUCAAAAACAUAGAAAAAGUAAUCGAAACAAAAGUAGGAUAUCGCGGGUGACAUAAUAUGAUACCGAUAUUAUGUCAAAAUUUUAAUAUAUACGUGGCAAGUUCCUUUACCACGAUUAUUUCUCGCUGACAUAUUCGAUAGCAAAAGCAGACCAUCAGUACAUCUCGCUUGCACCAAUGUCAGCACAAGAGAGAUACGAUGUGAGUUGGUUUACGCAUUCGCUACCGAAUAUUAUGUUGGUGUUCAAACUUAUGGUCCAGGUAUACACCGUGUAUAUUAUGAGUAAGCUAGAAGACGGAUGUUCAAAAUAAGAUGAAUGUUACAUGAUGAUUUUCAUAUUUUAAUAUCUCAUAUUUAUUUACAUAUAAUUAUCAUUACUGGCUCAAAUGUAUAUAUCUCUAACAUGAUGUUUAAAGCGUGGUAGUACAACACAAAAAAUUAAAUCAAAGCGCUAGAAACUUGUAUGAGUUUUACAUGGUUUCCUCAAUUACCUGUAUACACGUAUUGAUUUAGGCAACACUAUCACUUUUAACGUCGUUGUACGUAUUACCUAAGUAUUACGCUACCCUGUAAUAGUUUAACUACCUGCUGUUGAUUGAAGUGAAUUUGUAUCAAAUUUGCACAAAAGAAGUUUGUAUGAAUCGUAUGCGCCUUAUUUCUUUCAGCGUCAAGUUUGUCACCAUGACUAAUUGUGAUAUUAUUGCAUGAAAAAGAUGUGAGUUAAAAAAAUUGGUAUUACUUACCUCUCAGGACGAUGUUUCUGGAAUUUCCUGAUGAGUUUUAAUCAUUGAUUCUUUAUAGAUAGGUAGGUAAUACACCUACACUUGUAAUUCGAUGCUAAUUACAAUAAUAUCUAAACUAUGAAUGAAAUUAAAUGAUGUGAAAUGUUAAAAGCAUUAAUAAAUCCUCUUUUUAAGUUAA